CUGUUCCCGGUGCUACUACGGCCAAAAAGUACCGGGUACAUUAAGCUGCGAAGUGCCAGCGCCUACGACCCGCCCAUCAUUGAGCCCCGGUAUCUGACGGACCCGCACGACAUCAAGACUAUGGUGGAGGCCAUGAAGAUCACCAUCAAAGUGGGCCAUUCGCCACCCAUGAGGCGACUCGGCUCCCGACUCAUUGAUAAAGUGGUGCCCGGUUGCGAAGGGUACAAACUAUACUCCGACAAAUACCUAGCCUGUUUGGCGCGUACCCUAACCCACACGAUCUACCAUCCGGUGGGGACGUGCAAAAUGGGUGCGGCGGACGACCCGACAUCGGUGGUGGACCCGCAGCUGCGGGUGUUGGGCGGCGUAAAGGGUCUACGGGUAGCCGACGGGUCUAUAUUCCCGUCGCUAAUCGGGGGCAACACAAACGCGCCCAUAAUAAUGGUGGCCGAGCGGUUGGCCGAUAUGAUCAAAGGCAAGCGCCUGCCGGCCAAGAGUUUGCCGCACAGUCACUACAAGCCAUACACGUAUGAUCUGGACUAUAAUGACGUACUGGACAGAAAUGAGCGAGAUGAAAGGUGA